ACUGAUUUGAAAGUCAUUGAGAAGUGGAUGGAGGGUGCGAAAGACUUCUUAAGGGAAGAGCAGGCAGUCCCAGGAAAUGAUGAAGGGCUACAAAGGCAGCUUGACCAAUGCUUGGCUUUUGUUAAGGAAAUAGAUACAGUUGAAUCAUCGCUGAAAAACAUGAAGGAAGUAGAGACACACUUUCCAAGUUGUCCAGUUGCUGGAAUCAAAACCUGGGUGCAGACCAAACUAGUUGACUACCAAACCCAACUGGAGAAAUAUAGCAAGGAGAUUUCUAGUCACAAAGAUAAAUGGUCUGAACUUCAAGAAAAAGUGAAGAACCUGAAAAAAGACUUAAAGGAAAUGCAAAAAUGGAUGAUGGAGGUGGAAGAAGAGUACCUAGAUAAGAGUUUUGAAUACAAGUCACCAGAAGAACUUUUGAAAGAUGUAGAGGAGAUGAAGAGAGCAAAAGAGGAUGUGCUGCAAAAGGAAGUCCGAGUAAAUAUAUUGAAGAACAACAUCAAGUUAAUAGCUAAAAAGGUGCCCUCUAGUGGCCAGGAAUUGACUUCUAAGCUGCAGGUUGAGCUCGAGAAUUACCAACUUCUUUGCAAAAGAAUUCGAGGAAAGUGCCAAGCACUUGAG